CGCACGUCGACGCAGGACGCUUGCGCCACACCUCGUAUACGCAGAACCACCUGGACCUGCUAAGUUUACGCACUUAGAAAACAUAUGGAGAAAUUCUCAGCAUUCAGGGAUCCGGGAACGGGCAUCCAGCCAUUCCUGCGACCAGUCCCACCGUCAGGCUCGGAUAUAAUUGCGACUGUCGUAGCGCCGCUAGGUUACGCUCUCGGCGCCGUCAAGACUAUCCUCGUGCUCGCAGUCGCGCUUGUCUACGCCGUGCUUGUGCAGGGACUCUGCCUUGUCUUCGCGCCAGUCCCCCCACUACAUAGAGCUGUGACCUAUGUUUUCACCGCAAUUCUCUCCCGUCUAGCCCUGUUCCUAGUCGGACUCUACUGGAUCCCGGUCGAGGUGGUCCAGCGAAAACGCGGGCGAGUGGCCCCCGCGCAAGACAAGUGGAACCCUGGUGCGGGCGACCUCAUUGUCUCGAACUGGGCGUCCUGGGUGGAAAUUCUCUGGCUCGCAUUCCGCUUCAACCCAAUGUUCGUCCUCCCCGUCUGCGAAACGCUCGACAUCCCCACAGCCUCCUCGCAGACCUCCUCCCCCAUCUCCCGCACCCCCGGCCGACGCACCGGCACCGGCUCAGCCGCCAUCUCCUCCCCCUCCACCCGCGCGCCCUCCACGCGCAUCCCCAUCGUCGGCUUCCGCCGCGUCUCGCUGCUCACCAUGCUCGCCGCGACCGGGCGCCUGCCCGUCGCGGAGUCCGCGGACACGCAGGACGCAGACACGCUGGAGGGCAUCCGGAGCAGGGCGGACAGGCCGGUGGCCGUGUUCCCCGAGUGCACGACGAGCAAUGGGCGCGCACUGCUCCGGUUUGCGGAGGUGUUCGGGGACGUGAGGCUGCCCGUGAUGAGGUACAAGGUCUUCCUCAUGUGUGUGCGCUACGACCCGCCCACCACGUUCGCGCCCACCGUGUCGCACUCGAUCGCUUCCGGUUUCCUGAACCCGCUGGCACACGUCUUCCGGCUAGCGAACUCCCUAGCGCCGCUCACUGUCUCCAUCCGCUUGCUCGCGCCGUCAGAAUCCCCGAGCUCGGGCUCUUUCCUCCUGAGCGAGUUCCUAACUGGCGGUACCUACCCGGACCCGCUUGCCGAGUCCUGCGCGGCGUUAAUGGCUCAGAUCGGCCGCGUCAAGCGAGUGUCAUUGGGCUGGGAGGACAAGGUGGCUUUUCUCAAGCUGUACAGAGGUGGAAAGUAGAGUACAAAGCACUGCAAUGCUACUGCGGGCACCCGCUACCCUUCAGAC